AUAUGUGAACUUCUAAAGGAUGAAAAGUACUUUGUUGUAUUGGAUGAUGUACGAAAAAAAGAAGAUUGGGAUUCUUUUAAAGUUGUAUUCCCUACAAACUUGAAAGGAAGUAGGGUCCUGGUGACUUCCCCAUAUGGCAAUGUAGUUGAUUCUUACUGGAAAUAUCAUAAUUUAGAAAAGUUAAGCAAUGAGGAAGGUUGGUUGCUAUUGAAAAAUAAUGUUUUUGGUAAAGAGGGAUGCAAUGACGAAGUAUUAGAAAACGUGGGGAAAGAAAUAGCAAAUAAAUGCAAUGGAUUACCUUUAGCUCUAGUAGCGGUAGGUGGUAUGCUACGUCAACGUAGGAAUAUUGUUGAUUGGCAACGGGUUGCUGAAAAUCCAUUUUUAGAAAUUAAUCGAGAAGGUCAAAUCUACCGAGACAGAGUAAAAAUGACUUACAAUGAUUUGUCCGAUGAGAAGUUGAAAAAUUGCUUCCUAUAUUUUGCUUGUUUUCCCAUAGGACAUGAGAUUGUUGUUUGGAAGUUGAUUCGUUUGUGGAUUGCUGAAGAAUUCAUUCCAACAAUAGAUGAGCAAGGGUAUGCUUUAGAGGCAGAAGUUGAAGCUCAAAAAUAUUUGAAUGAUCUUGUGGAUAGAAAUCUUGUGAUGGUGGAAAAACGAAGAAGAAAUGGACAAAUAAAAACUUGUUGUAUCCACAACACAUUUCAUGAGUUUUGCAAAAAUGAAGCUGCAAGGAUAAAUUUAUUCCAUGUAGUGGAUGAGGGGCAAAGGUUAGAUGAUGAUGAGAAUACUUCUUCUUCUUCAACUCCUCAUGAGAAUAUUUCUUCAACUCGUCGUCUUUGUUUCCACUCCUUUAAUGACAACAAAUUUGAUGUCCUCAUCAAAUCCUACAACCAAAAGGGGAGUUUAUUCCCAUUUGGCAAACAUAUCCAUUCUUUGUUGUUGUUUUCCUCACAAAAGGGUGAGACUUCUUUUACAAAAGACCAAUUAGCAACAAUCCCAAACACCUUUCCACUUCUUAGAGUGUUGAACAUUGAAUUCUCCAUCGAGUUUGGUGAUAAGUUCCAACCGGAUGAGCUUUACAACUUACAUCUCCUUAGAUAUCUUGCUAUCAAAAGCAAUCUCAAUUCCCUCCCCAAAUCAUUCAAAAAUCUUCGUGGAUUGGAGACUUUAGUGAUCGAAACCACAUCAAGAUCACUAAAAAUUGAGGAAGGCAUAUGGAACAUGGAAAAGUUAAGGCAUGUACGCACCAAUACCUCUCUGCAAUUACCCUUUCCUCCAAAAAGAAGCACAACUAAAGCUGGAAGAAAAGACAUCCGCACACUUUCUACAAUAUCACCAGCAAGCUGCACAUUGCUUAUCUUUUGGAAUACCCCUAAUCUCCAAAAAUUAGGUGUUCGUGGAGAUUUAUCAAAAUUUCAGAAGUCAGGGGAAAUAAGUUUCCCAUUCGAAAUGCUAAAAUGCCUUGAAAACUUGAAACUCUAUGGCCAGUGUGAUAAAGUGUUAACACUCCCAGAGAGUAUCGUGCAUGCACCUAGACUUAAAAAGUUGAGCUUCUCCGGCACACUAUUUGAGUGGAAAGAUAUAAGAGUAUUGGGGUUGUUGGAGGAGCUUGAGGUACUCAAGUUGGAUGACUAUGCAUUCAAGGGAGAGGAUUGUGAUCUAACGAAGAAAAAAAUUGUUUUCAAACGGCUUCAAUACUUGCGUAUUGGAAGGACGAACUUAGUAACUUGGAAAGCCACUGAGAAUAGCUUCCCAUCUUUACGAAGUUUAGUCCUUCGAAACUGUAGCUCCCUACAAGAAAUUCCAGAAGCUUUUGCUAAUGUUCAUACUCUUGAGGUGAUGGAAUUGUUUCACACGAGUGAAAGUACAGUUCAGUCUGCGAAAGAGGUCAAAGAAAAGCUCAAAAACUGUGGAUUCCAGCUCCAGCUCCUCAUAACCUCUAAAAUGGCAAAUUACACCCAACCAAAUGGGUCAUUAAUUCUUCAGGGAAAGGGACCAAUAACUGCAGGCACGGACACAAUGACAGAGGAAGCUCUAAAAGAUCUGGUUGAUUUUGUACAGUUCAGUAGUGAGUGGAAUGGUGCGCCUCGUGGCUUAUAUUCAGAGUUAAAGGAUGUGAGCUUCGAUAUCCAAAUGUUUAAUGUCAGGCUCCAGGAAGCUUACAAGAACCCAAUUGCAUCUGUCGAUGUUUUGAUGCUCAAAAACUUCCAAACUAUUGUGAAUGAAGCCCUGGAUGCGGCUCGCAUAUACUGCGUUCUGAAGAUGGUCUCUGAAAACAAAAUCCUCACAUGGUUUUUGUUACCACAACAGUAUAGAAGAAAUAAUGUCAAAUAUUGUGCGAGUAAGAUCCAGUCUGUUAGGUCAAAGGUGAAUAUAUUUCGCCAACAAUACCAAAAUGACCUUUACUCCCUCACCAUCAGCCACAACAAUGUCCUGCUAACUCUCCAGAUAGAGAGCCCGAUAUGCUUUGACGACAAUGUGAUAGAGAAAGUAGAGCAGAUGGUAAACAUGCUAGUCCAAACUGUAGGAGACAAUAUCAACCUGGUUUCUGACAUUAUGAAGUCUGAGAUAGAGGACAUGACCUCUGAAAUCAAAAGGUUUACUGAGAGCUUGGUGGUAGCUUGCAAGAGCCCACUGGCCAAUGAACACCGUGUUUUGAGACUAAUAGUAACAAAAUUCGGAACACAUGUGAAUGAAGCCAGGGAUGCAGUUGCCAACUACUUUGCACAGGAGAAGAAGCAUGGAUUGGCUAAAGCGUUUUAUAAGAUUCGGCUUCGUGGAAAGCUCAAUAAUGUUGCGAGUGAGAUCCAGUCCGUUAAGGAAAAAGUGAAAACCAUUUGCGAAGACCACAAAGAAGACCUUCGACACCUCCAGGAGGACUACAACAAACAUAGUGAUCUGCCACCUCUUAAGGUUCGUGCGGAGUUACGGGAAAAUGAGAUAGUAGGUUUUAAUGAUGAUUUGAAAACCAUAAAAACUCGACUAGUGGAAGCAUCCAAAGAUUUAUUUGUCAUCCCAAUUGUGGGGAAUGCUGGGACAGGAAAAACUACACUUGCCUUAAAGAUUUUUGAAGAUCCAGAAAUCAGGAAAAAUUUCACCCAUUGCAUUUGGGUUCAUCUUUCACAAGGCUUUUGUAGAAAGGAAAAAUUCAUCGACAUUCUACAUCAAAUUUUCAAGCAAACAGAAGACUUCAUCAAGACUUUAAAAGAUGGGUUUUUGGAAGCUAAAUUUAUGGAAUUAUUACAAGACUUCAGCAAAGCUAAAAUAAAGGAAUUAUUUGAAGACUUGAGCACGACUUUAGAAGAUGGGUUGGAAGCUAAAAUAAAGGAAUUAUUAGAUGAUCAAAAGUACUUCAUUGUAUUGGAUAAUGUGCUGGAAAAAGAAGAUUGGAAUUCUCUCAAAGUUGCAUUCCCUAAAAACAUGAAAGGGAGUAGAGUGCUGAUAACCACCCGGAGUGGCAAUGUAGUUGAGUAUACUUGGAAAUCGCAUGGUUUAGGAAAGUUAAGCAAUGAUGAUGGUUGGCUACUAAUAAAAAAUAAUGUUUUUGGUACAGAGGAACGCCGCGACACUUUAAUUGAAGAGCUUGGGAUAAAAAUAGCAAAAAAGUGCAAUGGAUUGCCACAUGCUCUUGUACUAGUAGCUGGCAUCCUACGCAAUUGUAUAACUUCUGCUGGUUGGCAACGAGUAGCUGAUAAUCCACUUCUAGAUGAUCUAGAAUUGAGCUACCAUGAGCUAAUAGAGUUGAGCUACAAUGAUUUGCCUGAUGAGAACUUGAAAAAUUGCUUCUUAUAUUUUGCAUGUUUUCCCAUGGGACAUGAGAUUGUUGCUUGGAAGUUAAUUCGUUUGUGGAUUUCUGAAGGUUUCAUUCCAAAAAAAGAUGAGUGGGGGUACAGUUUAGAUGUAGAAGCUGAAGCUUCAAAAUAUUUGAAUGCUCUUGUUGAUAGAAAUCUUGUGAUGGUGAAAAAAAGAAAAGCAGAUGGUCAAAUAAAAACAUGUUGCAUUCAUGACACAUUGCAUGACUUCUGCAGAAGUGAAGCCGAAAGGAAAAGUUUAUUCCAUGUAGUGGGUGAGGGACAAAGAUUAGGUGCAAGUAUUCGUUUGAAACGUCUUUGCUCCUACUACACUAUAAACAUAUUGGAUCCAUUACUCCAUCCAUCUGAUUCACUUUUCAAUCUCUUCAUCAGAAAGGAGGGUGUUUUCUCUUUGUUGCUGUCCUCUUCCGAAAAGAGUGAAGAGAUUAAUUCGACCCCAGAAGAGUUGGAAAAAAUCCUAGAUUUCUUUCCAAAGCUUUCGGUGUUGAAUAUUGAAUCCAGCAAAUUUAGGUCGCUGCCAAAUGAGCUUUAUUCCCGACGCUAUAUCAGGUAUCUUGCAAUCAAAGUUGAUAUCAGUUCUCUCCCCAAGUCAUUCGAACAUCUUUCACUUUUGGAGACUCUAGUGAUCAAAACCACAGAAAAGGCACUACAAAUUAAUGGAGGCAUAUGGAACAUGAAAUAUCUAAGGCAUGUGCACACCAACACCUCUACGCAAUUACCCUCUCCUCCCAAAAGAGGCAAGCAUAGCCGUAAACAAACAGAUAUCCUCACACUUUGUACCAUAUCACCAGGAAGUUGCACAAGCAAGAUCUUCAACAAAACCCCCAAACUCCAAAAAUUAGGUGUUCGUGGGAACUUAUCAGAACUUCUCGAGGAAAAACAAAAUGUUUGCUUGUUCAACAAUAUUCAAAUGCUAGAACGCCUCGAAAACUUGAAGCUUCAUGGUAACUCUGAGGAAGUAGAGUUGAAGGUCCCAAUGUUGGAUAAGUUUCCGAAAAGGCUAAGAAAGUUUACCUUGUCUGGUACAUUGUUUCAAUGGAGCGACAUGACUGUAUUGGGAUCAUUGGAGGAACUUGAGGUGCUCAAAUUGGAUGACAAUGCAUUCUCGGGAGAACUUUGGGAUCUAAAUAGUAAUGUUAUUUUCAAAGGACUUAAGUAUUUGCGCAUUGGGAAUACAAACCUUGUAACUUGGACAGCUGUAGUGGAGAAAAGCUUUCCAAUUCUAGAAAGCUUGGUUCUCAAGAAUUGUAUUUCCCUAGAGAAUAUGCCACAAGAUUUUGCUAAUGUGGACAGUCUUAAAGUAGUGGAACUAUUUGACGUGAGUGAAAGAAUCGCUGAUUUUGCAAGAGAGAUUUGUGAGCAAAGGCAUGGCAAAACAAAUGUCAAAAUCAAUGGAUUCAUCACUCAUCUUCUGCCACAAGCAACGGUACAUGACCAAGCAUAUGGGGAUGAAAAUGUCAAAAUCAGUGGAUUGGUCCACCCCAGCACCUCUACUUCAUCCCAAGAAAUCGUACAUAACCAAGCAAAUGAGAAUGAACAUGACAACACCAAUGAAUUCGACCACCCUAGCACCUCUAUUCCUUCACAAGAAAUAGUGCAUAAGCAAUCGCAUGGGGAGGAAAAUGUCAAAACUGAUGGUUUCGACAGUCCUAGUACCUCUACUCCGUCACAAGAAAUAGUUUCUGAUGAUUAACUCUCUGGUCACCGAUGUGAAUUGCUUUCUUGAAAUAAAAGGAUUAAAGUCGAUAUGUGUGUUUUUCUUGAUGCAAAGAAUGUGCCGAUCAGAAUUGAGCUACCUAUUUUUAUAUCUUUCUUGUCAGUGAUCUCAUCUAGAGCUUAGACAUGUGGUUCGAUGAAUUCCCAAUUCAAGCAUUGAGUGGCACGACGUACGCAUUGAUGUUGAAAGCCAAUUAAAGUGUGUGUUAGUGAUUUCAUAUUGUUGGGAGACUAUUUUUGUAUUUUCAAUUUGUGAUUACUUUCUCAUGACUUUAUAUAGUAUUUUGGUAUCGUAGUCAAGGACUCAAGGCUUGUUUAUCAUUUUUUUUUUUUUUUGAUGUAUUGCUUAUUUGUCUUAGCAGUGUGGAUUUGCUUGUGAAGGUAAAACACUCAUUUGGUGACUCUAAAAUAAAUUACUGACUAUAUGUUCCA